AUGAUGACCAGUAAACUUGAAGGAUAUAAAAGAGUAGAGAAUUCCAACUUAAAGUCCCCUCAGAAGAGGGUGGAGAGAAGGGGCGGAGUUAGGACGAAAAAAUUAUCAAAUGAAUCUGGCUAUUACUUUCGCGAUGAUAAGGAUCAAUUAAUUGGACCAUUUUCAGCUUCAAUAAUGAUAAAGUGGAUAAAUGAAGGAUAUUUUGAUAAUAAAGGCGAUAUCUUAGUCAGGGAGGUGGAUGAUUUAGACUAUGUAACACUUGAAAGCAUUAUUCCAAAACUUAUGUCAAUUGAAAAAGAGGUAAUUUUGAGUAGACUAUAUAAUGCAGUUGGAGAAAAAAAUACGAACGACAACCCAGACUCAAUCCAAGUAAAAUCUUCAGCAAUUGACCCUAUUGGAAGGAUUCCAGCGAAGGAUAUUUAUCUCCAAGAGCCUACUUGCGAUUUGGAUAUAGUACUUAUACCAAAUGAUAAGGCAACCGAGUUGUUUGAAAAAAAUAUGAAGAAAAUGGAAGAAAUUAAAAAAAUAAGGGGCAUUCAAUUUUCAUCUUCAUUGGUAGAUAGCGAAUACACAAAAGCAAAAAAUAAAGGUAAUGAUAACAUAAUUUCACUUCCAACUUUAAAUACGGGUGAUUUAGUUAAGAGAGCUCAGAAUGAAUUUAUUAAUAAUGGAUCAAAAUUGGUAUCUAUGGAUGAAUUGGACUCAAGAAUACUACCACCAGUAUCUUCCUUAAGAAUACCUGUUCAUAGCAAUUUAUUAAGCUUGGCAUCCCCAAUAAUGCGUGAGGAGAUUAAUCAAAUUAUGGAGUCGAGACAGGAGAUCAAUGAGCAAUUUAAUUUAAAUUACGAUGAUCCAAAUUUACAAAAUAAAUUAGACAAAAUUAAAACGAGUUUGCUCAGACCAGAAUAUAAGAUAAAGGCAAUUUAUCCUGAAGCAGUCAGAAUGUUGUUAUUAUUUAUAUAUGGUCAUACAACUUCUUUACGAGGCGCAAAUCCGUAUUUAAUUUUAACUGUAUUACAUGAAGCAAGAAGGUUUAAAGUGCAAUUGUUGGAGGAGGAAUUGUUUCAAAUGCUAAAUUCUCCAUUGAAUAUUGACGUAAUCGUUCAGAUGUCUUCUGUCGCGGAGUCUUUGGAAAUGGAAGGAUUAAUAGAGCUAACAGUUUAUUUGUUAGCAGAUUGUGCUCAGGCUCUUUUCAAAGGACCACACUUAGCACUUGGCCCUGAUGUAUUAUUGAAAGUAUUGAAAAGUGAAAGGGUAAUUAUGGGAGAGAUUGACAUUUUUUUAGCUUUAAAAUUGUACUUAAUUCAGAGAGAGAGCAGUAUGGGUUUGCUCUCAAACAAAGGGAAAGACUCGUUAGAAUUUUUAAAAAAUAUCAGAUUUGAACAGAUGGCACCUCAUGAUUUGCUUAAAAUCCGAACUAAAGAGUUAGAUUCGUUAUUACUAGACGCAGCACUUAAUAAAUUACUUGGAAAUGAAGGUAGCGGACGUUUGGUACCCUGGAAAGAAAAUAAUGAGUUCACAACAAACACACAUUUAGGUCUAUAUCCUAUUUCAUUGGCAAGAAAAACAUCAUUAUCAGGCAAGUACAAGUGGGCAUGGACAAUUGGCGAUUACAGGUUCGUAUCAGACAUGAUCUGGCAGGUGCAGGUUUGCAAGACAUAUAUGGGCAGAAUUAGGGUAGGAGUGUGCUGCAGAGGGUCAUCUGAAGCAAAUAACACGUCUCAGGUACCAAAAAUUUUCUAUUAUGAUUUUAUGGAAAGAUGCUUUGGUAGUGCUUUUCAAACAAAUGACGUAUACAAUUUGAGAUCUAGAAUAAAUUAUAAGAACGGAAAAAAAGACCAGAUGAUCUUAAAAACUAAUAUGGUAUUGCAGGUCAGACUAAAUAUUAGUAGGUACAACUUGAUAUUAACGGUUAGUGAUAUUACAAAUCCAUCCAAGAUAGAAUUUGAGACAAGCCAUACAUUUGCUCAUGGCUGCUCUGUAACCAAUGUGGGGAUUACAAAAAGACCAUUUAUUGAAACUGCAAAUUUUGUGGAGAUGUUCGAUGACGGGGAUAAACUUAAAUUAAAAUAG